GCAGCAGCCUGUUGGUAAAGGGAGGCACAGGGCGAGGCAGAGAUUUUGCAAUUGGAUGCUGAGGGCUGAGAGGCACCGCCCUUGGGGACAGGGCCCAGAACAGGGAGCAGGGAAUGCCCCACUUGUGGGUGCACUCCAGAUGGGGGGAGAGCGCUGAGGAACUUGGGUGAGGAGUCCAGCUAGGCCAUGAAGCCAGCAUGGGGGCUGCAGGACCAAGACCCUGGCCCCAAUUCUAAGGACUGUCCGCAUUUCAUCCAGGCCCUGGGGUCCCUUAUCAGCCUUUCGGAGCUAAACAGGCCCAGACAGCGGCUGGAUGAACCAGCCGGGGGUGCUUGGCUGGGCCGGUAGAAUCGCCACAUUCCUGGCUGUCGGCUGACCGGGAAGGAGAGACUGAGCCACUGCAGACAAGCGUGGGUUCCCCGAAGAUGGACGAACAGGUGUUCAAAGGAGACCCAGACACCCCUCAUUCCAUCUCCUUCUCGGGGAGCGGGUUCCUUUCCUACUACCAGGCUGGCGCCGUGGACGCUCUUCGAGACCUGGCCCCGCGCAUGCUGGACACCGCCCACCGCUUUGCAGGGACGUCGGCGGGCGCAGUGAUCGCAGCCCUGGUCAUCUGCGGGAUUGAAAUGGAGGAGUACCUACGAGUGCUGAAUAUGGGCCUGGCCGAGGUGAAGAAGUUCUUCCUGGGACCUCUGUCGCCGUCCUGCAAGAUGGUACAGCUGAUGCGACAGUUUCUGUACAACGUGCUGCCGGAGGACUCCUACAAGUUCGCCAGCGGGAGGCUGCAUGUGAGCCUCACGCGGGUCACGGACGGCGAGAACGUGGUGGUCUCCGAGUACACGUCCAAGGAGGAGCUCAUAGAGGCUCUGUAUUGUAGCUGCUUCGUUCCUGUCUACUGUGGCUUCAUCCCCCCAAUGUAUCGGGGCGAGAGGUACAUCGAUGGUGGCUUCACGAGCAUGCAGCCCUGCGCCUUUUGGACCGACUCCAUCACCAUCUCCACCUUCAGCAGCCAGCAGGACAUCUGUCCGAGAGACUGCCCGGCCAUCUUCACCGACUUCCGGAUGUUCAACUUCUCCUUCCAGUUCUCCCUGGAGAACAUCACCCGCAUGACCCAUGCGUUGUUUCCCCCGGACCUGCUGAUCCUGCAGGAUUAUUACUACAGAGGAUAUGACGACGCCGUUUCGUACCUGCGGAGGCUGAACGCCGCGUACCUCGACUCUCCCAGCAGGAGAGUGAUUUUCCCGCGGGUGGAAGUGUACUGCCAGAUCGAGGUCGCCCUGGGCCACGAGCCGCCACCUCGCAGCGCGCCCCGCCUCCCGGCACGGAGGACCCGCCCUGCAGACUCCGCACAAGCCCGCGUCCCAGGGGCUCCCCGAGAGGACCGGAAGGAUGGCCGCCCCCCAGCACCGCCGCCGCCUGAACCCCGGCCCGCGGGGUUUGUAGAGGCCCCCACUUCGCCACCAGCCUCUGAAGGCGAGCCGUCGGCCUCUCCCCAGCCAGGCCCGGCCGUGGGCACCCGGCUGCCCACCGGCCCCUGUGACGUUCGCCCAGGAAAUCUUAGCACCCCAAACCCGAGGCUGGGAGCCGAGGAUGACGCCCGGCUCUCGACUGCGGACUCGCACAGCUCGAAGGCUGGCUCCUCCGUGCCUGACGCAUCUCCCCAGAGCCCUCAUCCUUCCAAACUGCUGCUCAGACCCUCCCAGGAAGCCAGGGAGGCCCCAGAACCGCCACACUGCAGUCCCUCACCACCACCAUCGGCCCUCCCGCCUGCGGAGGAGCUGGACCCACAACCGCCCACAGGACCUCCCCGCUCUUCACAGCUGACGGACACCACAGCACCAGGUACCGGGAAGGAAGCGCCCCGAAAGCCUUUGCCGGAGAGCCCUGCUGCGCAUUCACACACGGCAAAAAAGAUGUUCAAGAAGAAACAGAAGACAAAUGCGCCCAGAGAAUUCUCCCAGAGAAACCCUCGGUCCAAGAAGCCGGUCCGCUCCUUGCCCACUCGACUUUCCUGUGCUCCCCACUUCCAAGACGGCUUGCGUCACCUACAAGCCUCAUCCCAACCGGAUCCAAGAUUACAGCUGCCCUGAGGGCUGAAGCGAGUCGGGUCAGGAGGGCACUAUGUCAUUCCCAACAUUACCAGCCUGGGAGCAGAUGGGAAGCCCGGGGCUCAUGACCCCCCCCAGGACCCCUUUGUUACUGUGUCAGCAUGGAGUCACCCCAAGGAUGGGGCAUUUGAGAAACAUCCAGAGAGAACCCAGGGCAGAGACGGGGCGGCUGUCCCCACUAUUGUGUAAGCUCUGACUGCCCUGGAUGGGGCCGGGUAGUGGCCAUCUUGCCUCUACUGGAUGGCACAGGAACAGCCAUUUUGUCUCCACUGGAUGGGGCAAGGGGGCGGCUAUCUUGCUCCCCUGAAGAAAUCUAGAUCACACUGACAGAGUCAGUGUUUACACUUGCCCCAAACAACACAGUACAAAAAUGAGACCUGGACACUAGCCUCGGGGACUCAUAACAAAUACUCUACAGCCUGGAAGGUUAUGGCAGCAGAGAAGAAACCAUGUCCAAGGUUUGAAGAGGAGGGUGGGUGGUAAAACUGCUGCUCUGUGCCAGGCAGCUCCAACUCCAUGAGAUACUGCGCCCUCUUCUGGCCUCUGUGGGCUCUGCACUCAUAUACACCCCCCCCCCAUUAUUAAAAAGAAAAACAAAAUCCUCAUAUAAAUAAAGGAAACUGUACAGUUGCCUAUAUCUCCACUUCUUGAUAGGCAGAGCAGAACUGCCACAAGUUCAAGGCCAGCCUGUACUGUGUAUGAGACUGAUUAAAGAAAAAUAAACUAUGUACAAAAGGUUCCUGACCCCUGUUUCAGAACUUUAGCUCCUGGGGCUGGAGAGAUGGCUCAGAGAUUAAGAGCACUGGCUGCUCUUCUAGAGGACCCAGGUUCAAUUUCCAGCACCCACAUGGCAGCUCACAACUGUCUGUAACUUCUGUUUUGGGGUUCUGACACCCAAAAAUAUGCGCAGAUAAAACAGCAAUGGACAUGAAAUGAAAAAUAAAUCAUUCUGUGCCACACCCCCGAACACUGCCUGAAUAAACCUAUGAAGAGGUCACCAAGUGCCUAUAAAAUUUUAAACAAAAAAAAAAAAAAAAUUUUUUUUAAACAACCUCGAUGCCAUCAAGAAAAAAAAAGGAUUCUUUUCAUUGACCUUCCUGAAUGGAUGCCUCCAGCUUGAGAGCAGCCUCACCUGAGAGCCCAGGCCUCCCCUACCCUCAGCCUUGCUGGGAGCCUGCCACGCCACCAACAGUGUGAGUCUCCAAAGCUAAUCAAGACUCGGCCUGCCAUCCAGGAUACCCUCCCCUACGGCCACACCCUCCUGCCGACUGCCCAGGGAGCCCGGGGCUCUAGCACCUCUGUGUGGACAUGUGACGGCCAUCCGAGUCUCUGGCCAGCUGGGAGCAAGGCACAGCCUCUUACACCCCCAGCUCACAGUUGUGCAAACAGACCCAUCCACAGAGGAGGCAUCCACAGCCACCAGCUGGGAGCCUAUCGCCAUGUCCACAAUGCGCAGAAAAUGUGUCUUAGCAGGGUUUCUAGGGCUGGUGCAAAACACCAUGAUCAAAAAGCAAGCUGGAGAGGAAAGGGCUCACACUUCCACAUCAAUGUUCAUCACCAAAGGAAGUCAGGGUGGGAACUCACGCAGGGCAGGAACCUGGAGGCCGGAGCUGAGGCAGAGGCCACAGAGGGCGCUGCUCCCUGGCUUGCUCCUCAUGCCUUGCUCAGCCUGCUUUCUCAUAGAACCCAGGACAGCAGCCCAGGGAUGGCACCACCUACAAUGGGCUCUGCCCACCCCAUGGAUCACUAAUUGAGAAAAUGCCCUGCAGCUGGAACUCAAGGAGGCAUUUCCUUGACUGAUGACUCCAGCUUGUGACAAGUUGACACAAAGCCAGCCGGUAUAACUGCUUGUCAACCUGACACACAAAUGUCACUAACAAGCUACACCUCCGGUUUUCUUAUUUGUUCCCACAAAUCUCACAUUAAAACAGAAAUAUCUUUA